GUCGAGUCUUACGAGAAUCGCGAUCGAGUGCAUCCGAGAGAACGACGAAACGUUGUGAACACGGACCGGCAUCAAGUAAAAUCGAACACCCUUCGUACGUUAACGAUUUCGAGAGCAAAAAGGGCCAAAAAAUUGCCGAUCGGCAAUCGAACCUGCGAAAAAAGGUCAAGUGAAAAGGAGACUUCUCAGCUACGUUGAUUUCGGAAGAGAUCGGUAACCGAAACGAACCGAUUUUUUUUUUUUUUUUUUUUUUUUCUAUUUACCGAUUAACCAACCGAUCUUUCGCGCCGCUUCUCGAACAAGGUACGAUAAGCAAGUGUGCGGCAGCGGCAGGUGGUUGGUUGCGAAUCGGUAGCCGAUCGCGACGGGCAGGCGAGGCGAACGCUCGCCUUCGUCGUCGUUAUCGAGAGUAGUCUCAGGCUCCGGGCUUGGGAAACUAAAACCUGCACUCCAAAGUGCGUCCGGCUCGUGCUCAGUUGUCUCCGAACCCCCGAUCCGUUCGGACGUGACUUACUUACGCUCUGCUCGACGACUCGAGGAGCGAGAGAGACCGUUUUUUUCAUAACGAUUUUACCGCGUAUACUGCACUGCAGCACUGCACGAAACUGCGAGCGUAUUACACGUGUUAUCACCUCGCCGUUUCAACCGAGUGCCAGUAGACGUAUCCGCAUCGCAUAUAUCGUAUAAAUAAUUCGGGGUGACCCCAAUCCGGUCGUAAUUGUUUAUGACGUUACCGAUCUUGACUUUGUAUUCGAAUUGUGUGAAUAACCGAUUAAAGUGUGUAUGUCAUCCGCGCCCCGCAGCCCAGAGACAAAAGUAAAACCCGACGCUGGUUCACGAUUUACCGAUCUUCGGACUACUGCAGACUUCGUAAAAAACCCUAAGACGUAGUGAAAACGGAUAAUGGUGGCAUCGCAGAACGACGGCGGAAGAAGUGGAGGCGGAAAUGGGGCCGACGACGACGCGGUUUACACGGUGUCCGUUAGCGGCGGUGGUUACAGAAACGAGGGUUUCAAGGAGGAUGGAAGCGACGGAAUACCACCUGAACCAACGAAGCCACCGCAAAUAGCGCCGCCCGACGACGACACUCAGUCGCGUAAGUUCAAGCUUUCGCGAAGUGAGAAAUGGCGGAUACUGAAGAACAUCGGCGCCGUAUCGGUCGCCUUCAUGGUCCAGUUCACCGCCUUCCAGGGUACCGCGAAUCUCCAAUCAUCCAUAAACGCCAGCGAGGGUCUCGGCACCGUCUCGCUCUCUGCCAUCUACGCAGCCCUUGUUCUAUCCUGUAUAUUCGUGCCCACCUUCGUCAUAAAGAGGCUCACCGUCAAAUGGACCCUCUGCCUGUCCUUGCUGUGCUACGUUCCCUACAUCGGUGCCCAGUUCUACCCCAAGUUCUACACCCUCGUGCCCGCCGGAGUGCUUCUUGGUCUCGGCGCAGCGCCCAUGUGGGCAGCCAAGGCCACCUACCUCACCCAGGUCGCCGGUGUCUACGCCAAGCUUACCGAUCAGCCCGUUGACGCCAUCGUCGUACGGUUCUUCGGGUUCUUUUUCCUUGCCUGGCAGACCGCUGAACUCUGGGGAAACCUCAUCUCCUCUUUGGUAUUGAGCAACGGAGAGUUCGGCAGCGGUGAUGGAAAUCAUACCGUUAACGAGGACAAGAUCCGGCUUUGCGGUGCUAAUUUCUGCGUCGUCGGUGCCGGAGCAAACGAAGUAGUCGAGAGGCCUCCGGACUCGGAAAUCUACGAGAUAUCGUCAAUUUAUCUAGCUUGCGUUGUGCUCGCGGUGAUAAUAGUUGCUCUAUUCGUCGACCCGCUUUCGAGGUACGGUGAAAAACAGCGAAGAGCCGACAGCCAGGAGCUCAGUGGAAUCCAACUUCUCUCUGCCACCGCCUAUCAGCUCAAAAAACCCUACCAACAACUUCUCAUUCCCAUCACGGUGUUCAUCGGCAUUGAACAGGCCUUCAUCGGCGCUGAGUAUACCCAGGCUUACAUAUCAUGUGCGCUUGGAGUACACAAGGUAGGAUACGUCAUGAUGUGUUUUGGCAUCGUGAACGCCUGCUGUUCUCUCCUCUUUGGAUCCCUGAUGAAGUUCGUCGGGAGACAGCCGUUGAUGGCCCUUGGCGCCGUCGUUCACGCCGUUCUUAUCGGUGUGCUUCUAGUCUGGAGGCCGCAUCCCGACAAUCCUUACAUCUUCUACACCCUUUCGGGUCUCUGGGGAGUCGGCGAUGCCGUUUGGCAGACGCAGGUUAACGGACUUUACGGAACCCUGUUCAGGCGCAACAAGGAGGCUGCCUUCUCAAACUAUCGUUUGUGGGAAAGCGCAGGUUUCGUUGUAGCCUACGCGUACAGCACACAUUUGUGCGAGCGUAUGAAGCUCUACGUGAUGCUGACGGUCCUUUUCCUCGGUAUUAUCGGCUACACAAUAGUCGAGCUUCUUCACAGGCGCAAACAGAAGAGACGCAAGGCGUUGGCCGAGGAUCCAAAAUCGGCCCAGGCUCAGGCCGAGGCCAACAAUCCCGAGGAGACCGACGACGAGAAGGACGACAUAGACGACGACAUAAUCAUCACCCACCUCUGAGUAACGGAUAAUGAGUGAAAAACACACACACACACACACACGCACACGCAAGAAAACAGAAAAGAAAAGAAAAUUAAAUAAAUAAAUAAGUAAAUAAAUAAGUAAAUAAUAAUAACAAUAAUAGUAGCAACAACAAUGAGAAGAUGAAAAAGAGACGAGUAUAUUAAUACAUGCGUACAUAAUUGAUCGUUGUAUACUCGUAAAAAAAAAAAAAAAACAAACAAACAAACAAACAAACAAACACACACACACACACGCGCGCGUUUACACGAGCAAUUAUACACAACGCAUGUAUAAAUAUUUUAUUUAUAUACCUAUGUGUAACCCGCACGCAUAUUUUAUAUAUGUAUAUAUGUGCACCUUAGAUGAAGAGACCCUGGAGCGAUUUUAUUCUACUACAUUUAUAUUCAUCGUUCAUAGUGCGUCGUCGUUGUUACAAUCAUCAUCGAUCGCUGUAUUCAUCUUCGUUAUCGUCAUUUUUUUUUUUUUUUUUUUUUCUCAAUCGCGGCAUCGAUGAUCAUCCACGUUAUAAAGAGGCAGUUUUUCCGCAACCCUCGGAUUAAUCUCGGACCGCGAUUAUGAUCAGUAUUUCGUAUAUAUGUAUAUACAAAAAUGAAAAAAAAGUAAAAUAUAUAUAAAAAGAAUAAAAAUAAAAUAAAAGUAAAAAAUAAAGAGGGGUAAACGAAUAAAUGAAAAAAAAAAAAAAUGUAUUUUCAUCGGUGUUACACGAGAAUUGUUGUUGUAUGUAUAUUAUAGAUAGAAAUUAUAUAUUAUAUAUACUCAUUUUUCUACCGUCAAUCCCGAUUGCAGGUAGAUUUUUCUUUGGCAGUUUUGUUUUCGAUGAAACGUCGCUUUUCUUUCCUCGCUAUGAACACGAAAUAAACAUUUAUUUCUUAUCCGUUCUAUGUUAUAUUAUCAAUGAUCUGAAAACACGUGGAAUCCCUCGACUCGAUACAACUUUGUACAAUGUACGAAAUGACAACGAGAAUCGUGCGUUGUAUGUUAAAUUAAUUUCAACGUUUGACAAGGUGUAUCGAAAGAGAAGGAUGGAGAUGAUCAAAAUUCCCAAAAUUCAAUUCAAAAUUAUCAAACGAGGUGCUCCAACAAAAAAGCAGGAAUAAAAAAAAAAAAACACCGCUACACUGUGAUAAAAUUUGACAUCUUAUCGGCCAACCAUAUUCGGAGUGUGAAAAGAGGAUCGGAGAAGGAGCGGAGACGAGUCGGUAACAAACGUAUAUUUUCUCGUUCCAAAUCCCACUGUCAGAUCAAGAUUCUCGAUCGAUGAUACUUGCGUUACGUGAAAGAGAGGUAGAAGAGAAAAAGGAAACACCCGCGCAGGUGUUUUAAUCCACGAUAAAAGUACCUCGGUGUGGAAAAAGGAACGUUAAGAGAUUACCUGCCAACAAAAUAAACAAAUAAAUAAAUAAAAACCGUGUAACACUAUCGGAUGGAUCCGUCAGUCGGUUAAUUCGUUGAUCCAAAUUCCAAGAUUAUUACCUAUCUCGAUCUCUCCGUCCGAUUCCUCUAGCUCGGUACACACGCCCGAUACAACAAUCUCUCAGGACUCCGAGGCUCUGCUGAAUAACAAUGGUUUAAAAAACAAAUUAAAAAAAAAAAAAAAAUUAAAAAAAAAAAACAAAAACGGUUUGAAAAAAAAAAGAAGCGCCGUCACGCACGUCCGUGGCGAUGGUCGCCGAAUCGAGGCCACGAGAGAUUUGAUUUUUUGGUACAUCGAGUAGGCAGCAGCAGCAGCAGCAGCAGCAACAGCAGAAGCAGCAUCGCGUCUGUAAGUCAAGCAGGCAUAAAAUUCGUCCUCGUGUAUCGACGAACGAUUGUAAUUGCCGAGAGAACGCAACGCGGAGGAAAGGCGAACGAAUUGUUAUCUUCUCUUUAUAACGCGGAAGCGGCCUCUCCGCGUCUCCCGUGUUCAUACGUUAAUACGCCUUCGUCUUUGCCCGUCUUUGACCUUCGGGAGAAAAGCCGGAGGCGUCUCGCCUUCUUGGUUGCAAAAUUGACGCGAUGAAGAAGAAUAAAAAUAAAUAAAUAAAUGAAUAAAUAAAUAAACCAGGAAUUAAAAAAUCUAGAUCGUAUGCCUAGCGAUGAUAACCAUCGAGCCGGAAUCGCAACGCAAAAUCUUUGAUACCACGAAUCGAUCGGAUCGAAAUCGUUUCAUUUACACCGCGGGACGCUGCAAAAAAAAAAAAACGGCCGCGGUUUCUACGCGUCUACGUCCUAGUAUUUUUCUUUGUAAUUUUUUUACUUUUUUUCUUCUUUUUUUUUUUUCUUUCUUAAUUUUCUUCUCUUCAAUUCCCAACACCGCGAUAAUAUCUUUCGGACGAGUUUCAUUUUUUUUUUUUUUUUUUUUCGGCCAUCUUAAAUCCGUUACAAUAAUUACCAUCGACCGUCUAUUCCGCGCAUAGUCGAGAGUACCUUACAAACACGUCUGUACGUAACGCGGUUUUUGUAACUCCGUGCAUGAUGCUGCUGAAUCGGAGCUGGAGAAUGGAACGGACAGCAUCGCCUCGGGCAUCGGCUAAGAUAGAGAUUCGAACGGUCGGUUCUUUCCUACCCUCGUUCACCCGGCUACGCCGAGACUCUCGCUCCAAGAAUAUAAAUACAGGAUUCUUGGUGUUUCUAUUGAAAUUCUUCAACUUAUGCGAACGGCUUACGCUUCCUGCAAUUCCGUUUGUCUAUCUGAAAGUUACUUUUUAUUUCUACUAUUUUACAUUUAUUUUUAAUUUAUUUUAUUUUAUUUUUUUUUUUCUUUCAAAUCAACUUUACCGCCUCAUUACUUAUUCCCCUUUCGAUACCAGUUUUAUCUCGUAAGAUAUAAAUAUAUAUUAUAUAUAUAUGUGUACUUUAACGUACGUUUGAUUCCGUGUCGUCGUUGCCGACGUGAAUCUCGUCGUUCGUCUCUACGUGAUAAUGAAGAACGAAAUCUGUGUCAAUUAGAUAUCGGGCACGUUUUUUUCUACACGUCACGAUUCGAGUAGACUAUUCGUUCAUAUUUUCAUUUAUUCUCUUGGUUUUUUUCUGUUUUUUUUUCUUGCUUUUUUUAUCUUCCAACUCCGCGGAUAUCCAAAAUAUGGUUCACGAUUUCGCGUUACGAAAUUUAUAAACCAUCGGAUUAGUUUGUUGGUUUCUUUUCUUCAAGAGACACAGACUGCAGCAGUGAUUAAUCCGUCUAUCCUUUGUCGUGACGCAACUCGAUAAAGAGAGAGAGAGAGAGAGAGAGAGAGACGUGUCACAGAACAUAUGUGAUAGACGAAAUUCCAUGAGAGAACGAUCGUGACCUCUGAAACCCGUGUCCGAUUCUGUUCCCGAUAUUUCUUCCUUUUCAUCCGCCAUUCCCGGUCAUGUUCGAUAUUCUUUUUUCGACUUUUACAGUUUGACGAUUGCGUAAAUGUCAAAUUUUACCACUUGAUGUAACACGCGCGAUAUCUUAUAUUUUAUCCAAUUUAACGUAGUGAAUCUGCAUUUAAUCCGGACGACGAGUAUCCGUGACGUUUCGGUUUGAUGCUAACUGAACGUACUUUAACUAUCGUUUGACUUCUAUUAAAAUUAUCAUACAUACGAAAAUGUACAAGCUACGGUUUUUAAAAUGAGCACGACAUGUGGAUAUUCCGACGACCAACGAGUUGUUUUACAGGCUUCGAGAACUCGGGUCGUGGUAUGAAAUAUGGAGAUGACGCGUCUUGUAAUAACAGUAAUAAUUGUAUUAAUAAUAUUAAUAAUAAUCAUUGAUAACGGAUAUCGUUCGGAUUUGCACCUCGAGUAUUUCGCUCAUUAUUAUCGAUUUAUUAUAUUGCCGUAUAUUAUCAUACUAUCGAUAUAGUUAUGUACAUACAUAUACAAUGCAUAUACACAACAUAUCCUGAAUGAUUCUCACUAUUUACAUCCAUAGAAUGGAUGUACGAACGCACAAUUAAUUAUAUCAUGUCAAAAAGCACGAACAAAUAAUCGUGAACGAUUUAAGUUUGGUGAAACAAAGAAUAAAAAAAAAAAAAAAAAACUUAUACGCACGGUGAAUCAUGUUCUCACAAUUGUUCGAAAUAGCGAGGAUGAAUAA